UGAAUAUUCAUAAAUGGAUAACCCCACCAGUUUGACAAUGUAACAACUUAUCCCGUAUGUUGCUAGCCUAAUGUUAAUGUUAGUUUCCACAGGUUGUGAUAGUCCUUGCCUCAAGCCACUUUACUUAGCGAGCUCGCUAAAUACCGUUAGCGAUUGCUAAUUGACACCGUUAUGAUCAGCCUGCUACUGAAAUUACGUGUGCGCACACCAUCGUGAUGAUCGUGCACGGAAAACAAUUUGCAUAAACACAGCAUUUUCCAAUUUGGAGGUGUAGCAUGAGUUAUUGAUAUCAAUGUUGAUUCACCUGGAGAGAGGACCUGGCUAGCUACGCCUGUUGGUUGUGAGUUCAGUGACUAUAGCUCCAGCAUGUCUCUGUUCAAAGCAAGGGACUGGUGGGCAACAGUUCUGGGAGAGGGCGAGGAGUUCGACCAGGGCUGCCUGUGUGUGGGAGAUGUGGACAACAGUGGAACUGGGCUUGAUAAAAUUGUGGUGGGCAGCUAUAUGGGGAUGCUGCGAAUUUUCUUGCCUCACCCGUCUAAACCCAGCGAGGUGUCGGAGGCGGACGCCCAGCUGCUGGAGGUGCACCUCAGAGACCCUAUCAUCCAGGUGGAGCUGGGCAAGUUUGUUUCGUGUUCAGAACUCCUUCACCUAGCUGUGCUGCAUCCCAGAAAGCUCUCGGUCUAUGCUGUGUCAGGAAUGGCAGGAAAUGUUGAGCAUGGUGACCAGUAUCAACUUCGCUUGGUGUAUGAGCACAACCUGCAGCGCACGGCCUGCAACAUGACAUACGGGCCCUUUGGAGGAGUCACAGGUCAUCACUUCAUCUGUAUCCAGUCGAUGGAUGGGAUGCUGAUGUUCUUCGAGCAGGAGAGCUACGCCUUUGGCCGCUUCCUGCCCGGCUUCUUGCUGCCGGGGCCGCUGUGCUACUGCGCCCACACCGACACCUUCAUCACCGUCUCCUCCGCCCGCCAGGUGGAGAGCUACAGGUACGAGACGCUGGCCGUGGCCACAGACGCAGACACCAGGCAGGAGGGAGAGCAGCAGAGCAAGAGUGCUGGGAAGAGACUGCAGGCUGACUGGACACUGAUCCUGGGUGAGGGAGCCCUGGACAUCGUCAUUCCUUCUUUCUCCCCGUCGGCUCACUCCAUCUUUGUGCUGGGCGAGAGGAACCUGUACUGCCUGAAAGACAAUGGGCAGAUCCGCUUCAUGAAGAAGCUGGAGUACAACUCCAGCUGCUUCCUCCCCUAUGCUGCAGUCGGCGAGGGGACGACCAACGUGCUGAUGGCUAAUUAUAACAACAUGCUGCUGGUUUACCAGGACGUCACACUGAAGUGGGCCGCCCAGCUCUCUUGUGUACCUGUGGCUGUGCGGGUCGCCAACUUCCAGGAGCUGAAGGGCCUGGUGGUGACGCUGAGCUCCGAGGGCCACCUCCAGUGCUCCUACAUGGGCACGGACCCCUCCUUCUUCACCGCGCCCAAGGUGGAGGCGCGGGAGGUCAACUACGAGGAGGUGGACACCGAGAUGAGGACGCUGCAGAAGAUCAUCAGAGAAACCACCAAGACCCAGGACAUCCUUCCACGGGCGGACAUGGAGGAUGAACUGAUAAUCACAGCCUCUGUCUCCACGGAUUUGGAUGCAGUCUCGCAAGCCCUCCUCCCAGAGAUCAAUGGUGCGACUGUCCCUUCCGUCACUGUCCAGAUCAAAGUGAAGAGUCGGAGCGUGGUGCAGAACCCCAAGAUGACUGUGUGUGUUCAGCCCCCACUGGCUGUCUCCCAGGACCAGUUUGGCCUGGACUCUCUGGGCGGCGGCGGCGGCUCUCAGGCUGUGGUGACUUUCUCCGCCUACCUGAACGGGCUCUACCCACCGGCGGACCUGACCGGAGACGUGGCUGUUUCCUACAGCUCUCCCACAGAGCUCAACCCCGCAGGCGUACCACGGGUGACUCAGUGUAAAUUCUCCCUGCCCCUCCGGCUGGUGUGUUCCCCGGCCGCGCCACUCAAGAACGCCAAGUACAAGAUCACCGUGGACACCAACAAACCACCCGUGAACCUUCACCAAGUCUUCCCAGACUUUGCAGUUAAGUCUGAUGACAAGGAGGGGGGUGCUCUGGCCUUCCGCUUCAUCACAGGCUCCAGUGUGUCUGUGCUGGCCUCCAAGUCCUCACAGCGCUACAGGAUCCAGAGUGAGAGCUUUGAGGACAUGUGGCUGAUUGCCAAAGAGCUGGUGCAGCGUUUCGACGGGCACUUUGCCAAACAGGGAGUCAAAGACUUCCGCAACAGCUUUGCAGGGCCCAUCCCACUGUCGGAGUACUUUGAGAUAGUGGAACUCCACUUUGAGUUACGUGUGAAUGCCGAGAAGUACCAGGACCUUCUGUCGGAGCGGGCGGUUCAGUUCAGGGCCAUCCAGCGCCGCCUCCUGACCCGCUUUAAGGACAAGACCCCGGCCCCACUCCAGAACCUGGACACACUGCUGGAGGGCACUUACCGUCAGGUGAUAGCGUUGGCGGAUGCGGCUGAGGAGAACCGCGCCAACCUGCACCAGGCGUUUGCCAGUCUGCGCAGCGCCACCCACCUGGUGAUCAUGCUGGUGUCGCUGUGGCAGGGCCUGGGCAUCGACCAGACUGCCAUCCUGGAGGCCACACUACUGCCACUGCUGCAGGACACACCACAGCUGGGCUGGGAGGAGAGUGUGGACGCGGCGGUGUCCCACCUGCUGAGGACGUGUCUGUCCCGCAGCUCCAAGGACCAGGCCACCUCCCUGACCACCGAGCAGCUCAGCAUGCCCAAAGACACGGCCCGCCUCAAGAAGCACAUCACACUCCUCUGCGACCGCCUGGGCAAGGGUGGCCGCCUCUCGCUCACCUCAGAGGCCAACGUGCCCACGCCCGUCAUGAUGCCAGCAGUACGUGCUUAA